UCCGAGCUGGCAGAGCUGCAGUCGUUUCUCUGCAGUCUCCGCGCGUAAUCCUCCAGUUCCACACUCCGCUUUGCGCUGCGCUCGGUGCGCGUCGGAUGUUCUACCCAAGCGCGCAUCUGUUCUCCUAGAUAAAAUAAGAUUAAGAGCCAGAAGAGAUGCCCUCCACAGAAAAGAAUGGCAGCACAACAAUUACUGUGCCCAACGGGUUCCCACAUACGGCCAAAGAGGCGGAGGGACGGGGACACUGGGCGAGCAAGACGGAGUUCAUCCUCACGGUGAUGGGAGCGGUGAUCGGCCCCGGGAACGUGUGGAGGUUUCCGUACCUGUGCUACCGGAACGGCGGGGGUGUGUUUUUCAUCCCAUACAUCUUGUUCAUAUUCACCUGCGGACUCCCGCUGUUCUUCCUGGAGACUGCGAUGGGCCAGUACACCAGCCAGGGAGGGAUUACGUGCUGGAGAAAGAUCUGUCCGCUCUUUCAAGGCAUGGGCUACGCCAGCCACUUGAUCAUCUUGGUCAGCGGAACCUCUUACGUCAUGAUCCUCGCGUGGUCGUUCUUCUACAUGUUCUCAUCCUUCAGUUCAGAACUGCCUUGGGCCUCUUGCGGGAACUACUGGAACACAGACUCAUGCUUCGACAACCAACUGAAUCUGAGCUUGGACAUGAGACGGAACACCACUCUUCCAGUUGUGGAGUUCUGGCAACGUCGUGUUUUAAACAUCUCUGGUGGCAUCCACGAAUUGGGCAGCCUGAGGUGGGAACUGGUCCUGUGUCUCAUCCUGAGCUGGGUCAUCUGCUACUUUUGCAUCUGGAAGGGAAUCAAGUCAACGGGAAAGGCAGCGUACUUCACGGCCACCUUCCCUUUCGUUAUUUUGAUUAUUUUGCUCAUACGUGGUGUUACCCUGCCGGGGGCAAUAGAUGGAAUCAUCUACUACCUUUACCCUGAUAUCUCUCGCCUCGCAGAUCCCCAGGUGUGGAUGGACGCCGGCACUCAGAUCUUCUUCUCGUAUGCCAUCGGUCUUGGUUUUCUCACCUCGCUUGGGAGUUACAACACUUACAACAACAACUGUUACAGAGACUGCUUCUACCUGUGUCUGCUGAACAGCGGCACCAGCAUCGUGGCGGGCUUCGCCAUCUUCUCUGUCCUGGGUUUCAUGACGUAUGAACAAGGCGUGGAUAUCUCUGAAGUGGCAGAAUCAGGCCCAGGGCUGGCGUUCAUGGUCUACCCCCGAGCCGUAGCCAUGAUGCCCGUGCCGCAGGUGUGGUCCGUUUGCUUCUUCCUCAUGAUCAUUCUGCUCGGACUGGACAGUCAGUUUGUUGGCAUGGAGUGCGUGAUGACAUCCCUGGUUGAUCAUUUCCCCGCUACCCUGCAAAAAGGAUACAGACGUGAGCUCGUUCUGCUCGCCAUCUGUUCCUGCUGCUGCUUGAUGGGACUCCCCUUCGUCACGGAGGGGGGGAUAUACAUCCUGCAGCUGUUUGACCAUCACGUCUGCAGCGGCAGCACCCUGCUGCUCCUCUCCUUCUGCCAGUCCAUCAGUAUCGGCUGGGUCUACGGCGCUGACCGUUUUUACGCCAACAUCGCAGACAUGAUUGGUUAUCGGCCAUUUCCAUUUAUGAAGUACUGCUGGCGUUACAUCACUCCCUUCAUGUGCUUUGGAACCUUCGUCUUCUCCAUCGUCAGAUACUCCCCACUGAAGUUCAGUAACACCUACGUUUAUCCACACUGGGCCAACAUUGUGGGUUGGUUCAUCGCCACAACCUCCCUCUCACUCAUCCCUCUGUUUGUGUUAUUCAAAAUAACGCAAGGCCAAGGCAGUCUUCGACAGCGUCUUUUCUUGCUCUGCCAGCCUGUGGACGACCUGGACCAAGUGUACCCACCUCUUCCUCUGGAGGCCAACGGGACUCGCCAAGUGGAGCUGUUGUCUUCAACCCAGAUCGGAGAAUUCACUGAGUUAAAGCAAACAAUCUACACGGCUAAUAGGUGUAUUGAAAAAUAACACGAGAUGAUCUGAGCUCACAGUCAGUGAAAUCAAAGAAUAAUUGUUUCAUGUGACAUAAAUGUCCCGAGUCUGCAGAAAUGACCUUCCUUUCUCAACAAAAAUCUUUGGAAACUCUUACUGUCUUAGUGCCUAUAUUCAUGGUGUUUAACCUCAAGGACCGUCUUAGCUGUAUAUAUUAUAUUUAAUGAAAUAUCCUUUUUGAAUUCAUCAACAUACCAUAGGAAACUAAAUGAAAAACUGAGAUGAAUGAGGAAAAACAAAGCGGUGUUUGAAGCAGACGACAGUAAACCCUCCCCACAGACACCGAGGAACGCUUUAGGGUUCACACUCACACUUUUGUUGAAACAUGAUGUAAAUAACGUCUCACCUUCAUCCUCCCACAAUGCCCCCAAGCAAGUCAGUUCUUGGAAAGAAAUAAUUGCACUUUACCCUGUCGUUACUAAGUGACAUUUCUCUCCGAGGCGUCUGCCACGUGCAAGCCUUGGAUAUCCACAGAUCCCAGUUGUCACGUACUGUAGGAUCAGUCAAGCGUUCCCAGGUCGAUCCCCGACGUGUCCGGGCCCAUCAUCAAUUAUUCACCAUGGGUAUGAAGAAUAUUUACAGGCGCUAAGAUUACACAAAAUGCCACCUUUGGAAUAACCUAACCUGACGUAUCGUUUUUAAACCUGCCCUUUCUAAGAAAGAUAGGCAGAUGUGGUAACACAUCCUGGGGGAAUUCACCUCUACCAGCCUAACUCUAACCACCACUUUAUGCCUUAUAUAUUGUAAUAUAUAUAACACACAUUUCACUUUUAACUUUUGUAUGUAUGUAUGGCUGUACUUGUUUUAAUUUGAAGAACACGUUUGACACCAUUGAAUUUGUUCCAUUUAUAGACGAGACUUGGCUCUUCUGAUCAUUAAUUACUAACCAGUAAUGUCUCUGAAUUAACAAUUGAGAAAAAGAAACUAAGAGAAAGAGUGAAGGAAGACACAGUGCAUUUUAAUAAAAGGCAUGUUUAUUGGCUUUUUGAUUGCCAUCUUCGGGAAUCAGGGUAUGACAGUGUAAUAAUUUAGAAACUAUAUAAAUAAAAACAUAGACAUGGGUUUCUGCAGGGUUCAAAAGAGUAAUCAUUGUUUGUGUGGAAAAUAAAAAAAGAACGGUGUUAAUGAUGAAUUAAACGAAGCUGCAUGGUAAGUUAGGAUGUUUUGAAAAAGAAAGAAAGAUCUAUUUCAUGACCAAAGAAACAAGCCCUUAUUCACAUUCACUUUCAGAGGUAAUAGUUAGCACGUGUGACAUUUAAAAUACAUUUGGAAUGUGCUACAAAAUCUACAGUUAUGUCUUAACGUCUGUGUCGGGGACCAAACUUUUUUUUUUUUUUUUUAAAUUAAAAACUAUGGCUUUCUCUGUACUCAACUGCUGUUUUUUUAAUGUAUAUAAAUGGGACUUGAUGAAAAUGAUGCUUUUUUUUGUUAGCAAAUGUACAAAUGCAUUCAAAGUACAUAAUACUUAUCACUACUGAUGAACACAUCAAAUUGAACGGUUAGGACUUUGGGUUGUCUUUUAUCUGAUAAAAUCCUCCCAAUAAGCUCAAAGUGAAGAGCAGGAAGAGAACAACCGCAGGGGGAUUGCUGUCGCCUUUGUGGUUUGUUUUUUUAAAUUGGUGGUGGUCUUAAAACUUUUGAAGUGAAUGUUGAAUUCAUGACAAUAAAAACAUGUUUACGCAAAA